GCCAUUUUCUUUUCUUUCCUUGGCUGUUUAGCGUGUAUGGCUUGGCUUGUGGAUCGAAUUGGCUGUGUGGCAAAUUCGUCGAAGUCAAUGUGACUAUUUCUGAAAGUUUUUCAUUCAAAUAUAUUUGUGCUAUUUUUCAAAUUGUGAAUAAUUUGAUGCGAGCGGCAUGAAUAUCCAAAAUCUGAAAAUGCCUGUGGAACAGGUAGUCUAUUUAGACGAUACGUGGGAAUGCAUCGUGUGCUUCGAGCAAUUCCCUUCGAAGGACGAUCUAACCGACCACUUGAGAACCCACGUCGGCCUGAAGUCCUUCAGGUGCAUGGUCUGUUCCAAACUAUUCAUGCAGAACAGCAAAUUAACGGAACACAUGCGAACCCACCAAACCGAAGACUCCAACAAAACCGUCAUCAAAAUCGAGAAAGACGAUGUAUGCACCUUAUCGGACGACGAAAACUACCAAGUCACCGAAUUUAAGGUCGAGAACAUCUGCGAAGACGACAUGUACUAUUACGAAGAAGCAGUCGAUGAUGAUCUAAAAGACGAAGAAGAGGAGGAGCACAUUCGCUUCGAAAUCAUCGAAGACGACGACGAUGACACCAUGGACGAGUUCCUCGGAUUCGAAACCAACGUCGAGGAAUUCUCCUCGCAGUGCGUUGUCUGUUGCCAAUCGUUCACCUCCAAACUCGAGCUCGCUUUGCAUCUUAAAAAACACAUCGGUUUGAAGCAGUUCGAUUGCACGAAUUGCUUGGAGUCCUUCCCGUCGAAAAGCGACCUAGUCGAGCACGUGAAGACCUGCUCCGAGAAAGUAAUCGCUUCGAUCAAAACGGAAAAUGCGAUCGUGAAGAGCAGCGGAGACGAUCCACACUUCGCCAAAUACAAAAUCAAGCCGGAACUGCUGACGGAAACCGACGACGACGAGGCCAAGGACUACGAGGAGCAGAGGGCUAAGCUGCAGGCCAUUCUGCGGCAACAGAAGGAAGGCAGGCGCAGGGACUACCGCAAAUCGAAGUUGAAAUGUCCCAAUUGUCCGUUGACGUUCGACAACAUCUGCCAUUUGAAGAUCCAUUUCAGGAAAUACACCGGCGAGAAACCUUUCAAAUGUCCCGUGUGCCAAAGAGCUUUCGCUCGAAACAGCAACUUGAACAGCCACAUCCGCACUCACACCGGCGAAAAGCGAUACAAGUGCCCUUAUUGCGACAGGAAAGUCGAUCACAAGAGUGCCCUUAAAGUCCACAUUCGAGUCCACACCGGUGAAAGACCCUACAAAUGCUCGAUAUGUUCGGAAGAUUUUGUCCACAAGCGAUCGCGAGACGCGCACGUGAUGGCCCACAACAACGAAAGACCAUUCGAGUGCAACAUUUGCGGGAAAUCCUUCAUAAAAAAAUACAACCUCCAGAUCCACGUGAGGACCCACUUGGGCAUCAAGCCGUACGAAUGCAGCCUGUGCUGGAAAUCCUUCACGACUCGCAGUUCGUUGUCCUUGCACAUGGACUCGCACACGACGACCCGCGACUUCGUCUGCGACGUGUGCCUGAAGGCGUUCGCGAGCAAGACCCGCUUGAAGGACCACAUGAAAAUCCACUCGGGCUUCAGGCCGUACCAGUGCGAGUUCUGCGCGAAGACCUACUACAACAAAGGCCAUUUGAAGGAGCACCAGAAGAUCCACAACGGCAUCAAGCCGUUCCAGUGCGAGGUGUGCAUGAAGGACUUCGCCAGGAAGCAGGAUUUGAACAUUCACAUGGACGUGCACGCGGGCAUCAAGUAUUCCUGUAGUAUGUGCUCGAAGGCGUUCAGCAGGAAGAGCCGUUUGUACAAACACAUUAGGGAAUUGCACGAGGACGCGGAGUUGUUGAACGACGAGGACGAUUUGGAUUCGUAGUUUUUAUUUAGUUUUUUAGACUGUUCUAGAAUUUUUAUCGGGUGUAUAUUUUUACGAAAAGGAGAAACGUUGGUAAUCUAUUAAUUGCGAGCUUGUGUAGCGUUAGUUAGAUGAGAUAUAAUAAUAAACAAGAUCAAUA